UGUGCGUGACUUUUAAUAACAUUUCGUUCAGACGCAGUGAUGUAGUUGAUGUGGUGAUACGCGAGGCGGACCGGCACCCGGAAUUCAAGCUGACAUAGGCAAAAAAAUGGAUGCCCUGAGCGUGUUAAUCGUGAUUGCUCUGAUGCAUUGCUCACUAUUCUUUUUUGAUACGCUUUUCAAGUCCUGCUCGCACUUCCCGUACCUCUACUUCCUGGAGAACACCGGCCUGGAGAUACAGAUAUUGAGGGUGAAAUUGUUCACGACCGCCUUCAAUCGUAAAAUAAUAAAAUGGGGCAUGGACCGCUCCAGGUUUUGGACCGCCUGGUUCAACGCAGGUGUCAUCAUAAGCAUUGUACUCUUGCCAAUAGCCAUUGUCAUUAUCUUGAAGAUGACGUUUAACAUGUGGCUAGCCGGAUCCUCGAACGACGCCGGUUCAGGAGCUGUAUUAGAACCCAUGUUACCAGGCGUGGAUAUUCCUUUCAAUGAAAUUGGCUAUUACGUAACGACGCUAGCAAUAUGUAGUAUAAUUCACGAGUUAGGGCAUGCCCUUGCCGCAGCGAGAGAAGACGUACAGCUGUUCGGGAUAGGAAUGAUGAUUGUUUUCGUAAUUCCAAUAGCUCACGUGCACAUAAGCAAUGAACAAUUAGUUGCAUUACCAUUGAGAAAUCAAUUACGUAUUGUGUGCGCGGGAAUUUGGCAUAACGUUAUUCUUGCUACAGUAGCCGCAGCAAUUCUCGUGUUUUCCACAUGGCUGUGGGCACCGUUUUAUAGCAUCGGCUCUGGGGUCUACGUGAAGACUAUUCUACCUAAUUCACCCGCGUUAGGACCAUCUGGUCUUUUGGAACGCGAUGUGAUAUACAAGUUAAACAAUUGCCCCGUAAAGAACGGCGAGGAUUGGUACGAUUGUAUGCUGCACGCGGUGCAGCAUUCUGCGCCUGGCUAUUGCGUCAAGCAAUCAUUUAUGCAGGACUACGACGAGUCAGUUCCAGCUAAGCAGAAAACAAACGGUGCUGUGAACUGUUGUACGCCCGACAGCGAAAUAAAUGGCAAUCUGUGCUUCGAAUAUAUCGAAGGACCGCAGACCGCGCCUCUUCAUUUACCUCCGCAUUCUUGCCUUCCAGUAAGGACGAUGCUUAAUCAGUCGCAAAACUUCUGUCAAACUAGUCACGAAUGUUUGUCUCAUGAUACUCAUUGUAUGAGACCUUCUCUGGACAAUGUGACAAAGAUCAUACAAAUAAAAAGGAAAAUGGGUAAGGAUGUGUUAUUUGUUGGCCAUCCGGCCGACAUUUACAGGACUGUUGACGUGUCGGAUUGGGUGCCAAAGUAUUCCUUCCUGUAUCCCAAGUUACCCGAAUCGUUUGCGCUACUUUGCAAGUACAUCACGGUAUUUUCAGCAGGGAUGGCAAUUAUUAACGUUGUGCCUUGCUUCUUUAUGGAUGGUCAAUACAUUCUAAAUAUAGUUGUACUUUAUUUAUUGAACUCCAUCCCACAUAAUAAAAAUAUCAGAGAAAGCACAGUACUUACAAUAACAAGUAUAGGUACAUUACUUCUUAUAACCAACUUAAUGUAUUUGUUUAUGAAUAAAUUAUUGUAAGUUAA